CCUCGCAGCUCUUAAUAACAACUUAACAAGAUGGCGGCGUCCAGGAGGCAGAAAGUUCAAGAAUUGAUGGAUGAAAAGGACUCUAUAGAAAAGGAAAUUAAGGAGUUAUUUGAAGUUUUGGAAUCACAAGGCAACGUUGGUAUGCAUGGACCCUUGAUUGAUCCCGAGGGGUAUCCCCGCAGCGACAUUGAUGUCUACAGCGUCAGAACAGCCAGACACAGGAUUAUCUGCCUACAGAAUGACCAUAAGGCCCUCAUGGUCCAGAUUGAGAGCAGCCUCCACGACCUCCACGCCUUUGAGAGACAGCAGCGGGAGCAGGGAGGGAGCCUGCCCACCAACGGAGCGGGCAGCGCCGCCGCGGCACUGGUGCCGUUCGCUAGGAUUGACCUGGUCACGGAGGGCUCACCAGCUGCAAAUGCUGGGUUACUAGUCGGAGAUGAAAUCAUUGAGUUUGGCCACGUCAACACCUCCAACUUCAAAUCAAUGCAAGAUGUCGCUGCAGUGGUUCAACAGAACGAAGGGAAAUUGUUGACAAUUGUGAUGCUGCGAGAAGGACAAGGUGUACAACUUUCUCUCAAGCCGCAGACGUGGAGUGGAAGGGGGCUGUUAGGGUGCAACAUAGUUCCAAUUAAGAAGUGAACUGGUGGCAGCAUCCCCGGUGGACGUGGAAAAUCAAAUGGAUUCUCUUCAAGCGUUGUGAAUCGGCCAGUCACAAGGACUGGGACACCUUUGCAUGAGAGUGAAAUCCAGGGCUGGAUUAUCCAAUAGACACAGUAUGCACCGUGCCCAGGGCCCAUGAGAAAUAAAGGGGCCUGUAGCCAAGUUGAAGGCUUGCUUGUACAAUUGCACAAAUCUUAAACCAAAAAGCAUUCACAGUUUUGUAAACUUUCGGCAACUCACUUCAAUCUCGGAACGGCCUCAAAGUGUCCGUCUAAUUUUAUCCGUCAUAUUAUCAGAGCUCAGCGUCAACAUGGUAUACAAAGCUCCACUGCUGACCAGUGCUGUGAAAUUACAAGGGCAGAGUGGGGCCCAUGAAGCACUUUUGCCUAGGGGCAUAAAGAACAGUCAUCUUGCCGUGCCGUUUGUACAAUAAAAAGACCCAACAAACCAAAGAGCCACUCUCACUACAAGAUAGGAUUGUCAGUAAGAUUUGAAACUUGCACGGUGGAGUCUAGACAGAGGUUUGUGGAUACACCAUGUGGAAUCAAUCUUUUGAUGUUAGAGUGGUGGUUCUGAGAUUUUCAAGACAGUGAAAGAUUUUGUUUCAAAGGAGUUCGAAACUCACACCAUGUACUGAAAAAUUCAGUCUACAUUUUUAGUCCUUGUUACUGGUUUAUUACUGCUUUUAUGUAGAUAAAAAUGGCAAACAUUAUUUUUAUUUUGCACAGCACUGGCAUAGUUACGAUUAUCAAUGAAUCUUCUUCACAAUCGGCCAAUAUUCAUUUAAAACACCUGAAACUUUAUGGUGAUUUUAAACGUUGUAUCUGUGUUGGCCAU